AAUCUAGUGCUAGCCUAUCCUAUCGUAWCAGGAGAUUAGUUCGUACAAGUCUGAAAACUCAAAAUAAGCCUUAAAUCGAAACAUAUUGAUUUAGUCGUAUGUUGUAACACUUUAUUUUAAAAGAAGACAUGGAGGAGYCGACAGCACACACAUUUUCUUCUCUACAGGAGGAGCUAAUAUACUGGAAAGAACAAGCACACACACAACAGCAGAGGGCUGAGGAGGUUCAGGAGGAGCUGCAGGAGUUUCAGCAGAUGAGUCGAGACUACGAAGCGGAGCUGGAAACGGAGCUAAAGCAGUGUGAAGGCCGAAACAAAGAGCUGCUGGUAGACAACAACCGACUUCGCAUGGAGCUGGAAAGUGUAAAGGAGAAAUUUGAUGCCCAGCAUUCUGAUGCUUUGAGGCACAUCUCAACGCUGGAGGAGGCUCUGGCAGAGACCACAGCAGUCAGAGAUCACCUGCAGAAAUAUAUCMGAGAAUUAGAACAGGCCAACGAUGACCUAGAGAGGACCAAGAGAGCUACCAUCAUGUCUCUGGAGGACUUUGAGCAGCGGAUGAACCAGGUCAUUGAGAGGAAUGCAUUUCUGGAGAGCGAGCUGGACGAGAAGGAGAACCUGCUCGAGUCUGUCCAGAGGCUUAAGGAUGAAGCGAGAGACCUUCGCCAGGAGCUGGCAGUACGACAGAAGGAAAGACGACCGUCCAGCAGCCUGGGCAAAGACUCRGAUCGCACAGAUUUAGGGUGCUCCUCUCCAGUGAACCCAUCUAAUCCUGUCACACCUUCCAAACCCAUCAGCUCGUACUUCACCCCUGCCUCCAGCAUCCGAAGAGGAGAUGGUCUAACAGGGACCCCGCUUACCACAUCCGCCAGAAUUUCUGCACUGAACAUCGUUGGGGAGCUGCUGAGAAAAGUUGGAAAUUUAGAGUCGAAGUUGGCGUCUUGUCGAGACUUUGUGUACGACACGUCUGUGAGCAGACCAGCCCUCGCUGCGGGUCCGUGCAGUCCUUUGGGUUUAGAAGCAGGACCCGACGUCCGAGCCAGCAGCUUGAGCCCUCCUCCUCAGUACGACAGAUAUUAACCAUUGGCUUCAUUUUGAAAAAUCUGAACUACUUUUUAAAAUAACUUUUCUUUAGGAUUUUAGACUUUAAUUAGCCGAGGGAAAAAAAGAGCACUCCUCAGUUUGUAAGGUUUGCUUUGCUGUGAAUCCUGAACUGAGCUGUUUAAAAUACAGAAAUGAGUGGUCAGUUUUAGUUUUUUCUUUUGUUUUUUGUUGUUUUAUUAUGUGCAUCCCACAACAUU